GGACAGUAUGACUGACUGGAAGAUCAAACCUUCAUGCUUCACAGACGGAGGCCUGUGUCAGAAACAGCUAAACAUCACAGUUUAUAAGCUUCCAGACCGUGUCUCCAUCAGCUACAGGAAGUACCCUGAUCCGAUGGUUGAGGGGGAUCAGUACCUGCUGCAGUGUCUUGUCCAGAACAUCGCUCCUAUUGGGAGACUCACGGUGACCUUCUACAAAAUCAGUGCCACUGGUGAACAGACAGAAUUAGACACACAACAGAAAUCCAAGGACAACAUCAACACACCACAGAAUGGGACCUACACCCUGGACUUCACCCCUGGUAGAGAUGAUGACGGGGCCCAGUUGUUGUGUUCAGCCAUGUUGGAUCUGGGACCAGAGGGACCCCAACCUCCUCCUGUAAUGGACUCAGACCGCCUCAACACCAACGUGCACUACAAGCCUCAGAUCACUAUGAGUCCUGGAUGUUUCUCCAUGAGCAUCACGGAGGGCGACACCCUAUCACUUAACUGUAGUGCAAAAGGUAACCCUGCCCCCUCGUACGAUUGGUUGCUCUCCCAAGCCGACUCCAACCCCAUGGAAGAGAGAUCCGUAGUGACCAUCACCAACAUUGCCAAGUCUCACUCUGGAGAUUACACCUGCAUCGCCAGAAACCUCCUGGGAAACAGCACCUGUACUGUUAACGUGGAGGUCACAGGAGCUUCCUGUCAGGCUGCUGCAAGUGCCUUGGUGGCUAUGCUGCUCCUCCAACUCAUUCAUUGGCUUUAAGACCACUUCCUGAACCCACUGAUUGGCUGAAUACAUGUGCUUUUAUUUUUUUUUCUUCUUCAAAAU